AUGUCAGUUGACAUUGACGCCAAGGCAAAUUGCCUUUCUGGCCUCACAAUUGUAUUUACUGGUGUUCUUCCCAACUUGGACCGUGACCAGGCGGAAGGUUUGGCCAAGCAGUACGGAGCCAAGGUGACCAAGGCGAUUUCAGGCAAGACCAGUUUGGUUGUUCUAGGCGACGAAGCCGGACCCUCAAAAGUGCAAAAAAUCAAAGCCAACAAAAUCAAGGCUAUCACAGAAGAAUCAUUUCUCGAGCUCUUACGUCGAAUGCCGGCGGAAGGAGGCAACAGUGAGCUGGCGUUACGUGCAAAAGAAAAGAGAGACGAAGAGGAACGCAAGCUAAAAGAAGCGGUCGAGAGAGAAGAACGUGAAGAAAGAGAGCAGGCAGCAAAAAAGGCUAAAACCAGUUCUGUAAAGAAUGAAAGUUCACAGAAUACUCCGUCACAACCCACCACUUCAUCGGCAGACCUUUGGACCGUGAAAUAUGCCCCCAAAGAUACUAGCCAGCUAUGUGGAAACAAGGGCCAAAUCAACAAGCUCCAGUCGUGGUUGGCGUCGUGGUUCGAUAACGCCAAGUCCGGCUUCAAGAACCCUGGAUCCGACGGAUCGGGAGUGUUUCGAGCAUGCUUGAUCAGCGGCCCUCCAGGAAUCGGCAAAACGUCAGCGGCACAUUUAGUUGCCCAUAAUCUCGGGUACGAUGUGUUGGAGAAAAACGCCAGUGAUGUUCGUUCGAAGUCUUUACUCAACAGCAACCUCAAGAGUGUUUUGUCCAAUACUUCCGUGGUGGGUUUCUUCAAACAUCAGCAUGACCAAGCCAGUGUCAAUGAUAGAAGAUUCUGUAUCAUUAUGGACGAGGUUGACGGGAUGUCCUCCGGUGACCAUGGAGGAGCUGGAGCACUUUCUGCUUUCUGUCGUAUCACCUCAAUGCCACUUAUACUUAUUUGCAACGACAAGCUGUUGCCGAAAAUGAGAACAUUUGACCGAGUCACUUUGGAUCUCCCGUUCCGUCGUCCCACGGAAAAUGAGGUGAGGUCGAGACUCAUGACAAUUGCACUUCGUGAGAAGAUCAAAUUGGAUCCUACUGUAAUUGGUCAGUUGGUACAAGCCACCGGCAACGAUAUUCGCCAAAUGAUUACGAUGCUUGCAACGGUUUCGCGCACACAAAAGACCAUCGGUCACAAUGAAAGUAAGGAUAUGGCCAAGGCAUGGCAAAAGCAAGCGAUUCUCAAACCUUUUGAAAUCACGGCAAGAUUGUUAAGUGGUCAAAUCCAUAACCCCAAUGCCAACCACAGCUUGAACGACAAGAUCGACUUAUACUUUAACGAUAUCGAUUUCACUCCGCUAAUGAUCCAAGAAAACUAUUUGUCCACUCGUCCCACUAAUGUCACCUCGACCAAGAACCACCUUGAAAGAGUAGCCAGUGCCGCCGACGACAUUUCCGAGUCGGAUAUUAUCAACUCGUUGAUUCGGUCAGGUCAACAGCAAUGGAGCUUGCUUCCAUUCCAUGCAGUAAUGUCGUCGGUUAAGCCAGCGCUGUCAGUUGCUGGUCAGGUAACGCUGAGAAUCAACUUUGCCGGGUGGCUUGGUCAGAACUCAAAAGCCAUGAAGUACCAGCGGCUUUUACAGGAAAUUCAGUAUCAUACUCGCUUAAGAACUUCGACCGAUAAGAUGCAAUUACGACUCGAUUACUUGGCAGCACUCCAGCACAAACUCACAACUCCUCUUUUGAAACUUGGCGAGGAGGGCAUUGGCGAGGUAAUUGAUGUGUUGGAUCACUAUUAUCUCACCAAGGAAGACUGGGACUCGAUAGUGGACUUUGGAGUUGGACCUAUGAAAGCCGAGGUUGUUCUCAAAGACAUUUCCACCAAAGUUAAAACUGCUUUCACGAGGAAAUAUAACCUGUCUACGCAUCCAAUAGCCAUCUACAAGACAGGAAACUCGGUGGCUACCGGAGGUAGGAAACAGACAGUGGACUAUGAAGAUGUCAUUGAAGACGAUACUGCGAAAGAUGAAGUAGAAGAGGAAGUGGAAAAUGACCAGAUUGAUGCUAAAAAGGAUAAAUUGAUCAAAGAGGUGAAACCGAAGAAAAAACGGACCAAAGCAACGGGUCCUGCGGCAAAGAGAAAGAAGACAUGA